AUGGAAGAUAAUGGUGUUAUGCCUGAUUCUGAAAUGGAACAAAUGCUGUUAAAUAUAUUUGGCAGAAGAGGUAUCCCCCUACGCAAGUUUUGGCGUAUGAUGUACUGGAUGCCUAAAUUUAAAAACCUUAGUCCAUGGUAUUUACCUGAUCAGCUGCCAAAUGAUACUCUGGAUUUGGCAAAGCUUGCUAUACAAAGGAUAACAUCUGUAGAUCCAGAUACAAAAAUAAGUGUAUGGCAGACAGAAGAAAUUGAAGCUUCCCUAGACAAAACAUGGAUAGUAAGUGCACAGAGUCGAGCACAACAAGUUCUGCUUAUGGAACAACCUCCAGAUGACCCAUUAACAGUAAAAGGCCCUUUUAUUGUUUACUUAAAAGAUCAGGUUGUGACUUACUUCUUGCUACUGGGUAAAAUCAGGCCAGAGUACAAAGAUGAUAGAGACAUUGAUGAUGUAUCAAACAUUAAAAAACCUCCAGGCAUACCUGGAUUCAUUGGAAAUACAACAUUACCUACUGUUAAAUCUACAGUUCAUGAACAAGAUGAUGGAACUAUUGUUUCAGUUUGUGCUACAGGAACAUCAUCAAGGGAUUCUCUCCUAUCAUGGAUUAGGCUAUUAGAGCAAUACGGUAACCCAGUACUGGCAGAUAUACCAGUAAUAUUUACAUUAUCAGCUCCACCAACAGAUAUUACAGUCCAAGAAACACAACCAGCAAUACAUGAUAGUGAAAAAGAAAUAAAAAGCUGU